AGUGCCUGUGAACAUCGGAAAUCGGAAAAUAUUCUAACAGCAGACAGCUGGCAGAGUCAGAGAGCCGGGUACUCAGUCUAGCGCACUACACACACUCUCGCUCAACUCUCUUACUGGAUCUCCAUCAGCAGAGUCCAGCAUUGAGCAGUUGCAAGGAAAAGAAUGAGAAAGAAUAUUCUCACCAUUCCAUAUUGACCCCAGAAUCGCACUUUCACAGAUACUGUCAGUUAUCUGCUUUUUAAAUGCAGGUAGUGGAAACGCUGAUCUGCAUAGGAAUCUGAAUAGAUUUCGUUUUUUUCGAUAUUGUGAAGCAAAGUUCUUCCUGAUUGCAGCGUAUAAAAGGCAAGCCGAUCUCGAGCAGCGGUCUACUACUACUACUGAUUCUAGCUGAAACUCGCUAACAUUUUGGAAAAUAAGGUUUGGGAAGAUCUGGUUGCUGAUCAUUAACAGACAUCAUGCAUCGUCAAAGGGGAUUGUCCUUGUUUUCCAUUAGCUUUCAGUUAGGAAUUGUUAUAGCAGUUUUGCUCUUCAAGAUUCAGCAUGUGACCGCAGAAAGCAAUAAUGGCGAAAAUACUUAUAUGAGUAAUAAAACAAGGUCAUGCACUGGAACAUAUGAUUGUAAAGAAGGCGUGAUCUUGCCAGUGUGGGAACCCCAGAACCCGUCUAUUGGGGACAAAGUUGCAAGAGCUACUGUCUACUUUGUGGCUAUGGUUUAUAUGUUCCUAGGGGUCUCCAUCAUCGCUGAUCGUUUCAUGGCGUCUAUUGAGGUCAUCACCUCUCAGGAGAAGGAGAUAACCAUUAAGAAACCCAAUGGGGAAACCUCCACCACAACAGUACGGAUUUGGAAUGAGACUGUGUCCAAUUUAACCCUAAUGGCAUUGGGUUCUUCAGCUCCUGAAAUUCUACUGUCAGUCAUUGAAGUGUGUGGCCACAAUUUUGAAGCUGGAGAUCUUGGGCCGAGCACAAUUGUAGGAAGUGCUGCCUUCAAUAUGUUUGUAAUUAUAGGUAUCUGUGUCUAUGUAGUCCCAGAUGGAGAACAUAGGAAGGUUAAACAUUUGAGGGUGUUCUUUGUCACAGCAACUUGGAGCAUCUUUGCGUACACCUGGCUGUAUCUGAUCCUGGAUGUAAUUUCUCCCGGCAUCGUCCAAGUCUGGGAAGGCCUACUUACUUUGUUUUUCUUCCCCGUUUUUGUUUUGUUUGCUUGGGUUGCAGACAGGAGGCUCUUGUUCUACAAGUAUGUCUAUAAGCGGUACAGAGCAGGGAAACAAAGGGGGGUGAUCAUUGAAACUGAAGGUGACCGGCCACUACCAUCAAAGGUAGACAUUGAGAUGGAUGGCAAAAUGUUGAACUCCCAUGCUGCGGAUUUCCUAGAUGGAACCCUAGCUCUGGAAGUAGAUGACAAAGACCUAGAUGAAGAGGAAACCAGGAGAGAUAUGGCAAGAAUCCUAAAAGAACUAAAGCAAAAGCACCCAGAAAAGGAAGUGGAGCAACUGAUAGAGCUAGCCAACUACCAGGUCCUAAGCCAACAACAAAAAAGCCGUGCCUUUUAUCGUAUUCAGGCCACAAGGCUGAUGACUGGUGCUGGGAAUAUCCUGAAGAAGCAUGCUGCAGAUCAAGCAAGAAAAGCUGUCAGCAUGCAAGAAGUUCGACCGGAAGUAGUAGAAAAUGAUCCUGUGACUAAGAUUUUCUUUGACCCAGGUGCGUACCAGUGUCUUGAAAACUGUGGGACUGUGUCUCUAAAUGUUGUUAGACGAGGUGGUGAUUUGACCAACACUGUGUCCUUGGAAUUCAGAACGGAGGAUGGAUCAGCUAAUGCGGGUUCAGAUUACGAGUUCACUGAAGGGACCCUUGUCUUCAAACCAGGCGAGACACAGAAAGAAAUUAAAGUGGGUAUCAUUGAUGAUGACAUUUUUGAAGAGGACGAGAACUUCUUGGUCCACCUUAGCAAUGUCAAGGUGCAUUUGGAGAAUGCAGCUGAAAACAAUCCAGACACAAAUCAUGUUGAAACGCUUGCAUGCCUGGGCAUGCCUUCAACUGCAACUGUGACCAUCUUUGAUGACGACCACGCUGGCAUCUUUACAUUCGAGGACCCCGUGAUGCAUGUGAGCGAGAGCAUAGGUACCAUAGAAGUGAAGGUUCUGAGAACCUCUGGAGCACGUGGGGUAGUUGUUGUCCCCUACAAGACCACAGAAGGUACAGCCAGAGGUGGUGGAGAGGAUUUUGAAGAUACCCACGGAGAGCUGGAGUUCCAGAAUGAUGAGAUAUUGCAGACCAUUACCAUUAAAAUUCUUGACCGCAAGGAGUAUGACAAACAGUCCUCUUUCUACGUUGAGCUUGCAGAGCCGAUAUGGAAAAGACGAGGAUGGACAGGUGACUUUAUAAAAACAGGGGAAUUUCAGUAUGGCAAACGUGUCUACAGGAAAGUUCACAGUAGAGGCCGUCCAAUCCCUUCUACUGUAGUCUGCAUUGCAGAGGAGGAAGAUGAAUUGGAACCCCUGAAGAGCAAAGACGAUGAAGAGCGUCGCAUAGCGGAGAUGGGACGCCCAACACUGGGGGAGCAUGUCAAACUAGAAGUUAUCAUCGAAGAAUCAUAUGAAUUCAAGAGCACUGUGGAUAAACUGAUCAAGAAGACUAACCUUGCCCUGCUGGUCAAGACUAACAGCUGGAGAGACCAGUUUAUUGAAGCUAUCACAGUCAGUGCUGGUGAGGAUGAGGAUGACGACGAAUGUGGCGAGGAGAAACUCCCUUCCUGCUUUGAUUACGUCAUGCACUUCCUGACUGUGUUCUGGAAAGUUCUGUUUGCAGUGGUGCCCCCGACAGAGUACUGGAAUGGCUGGGCUUGCUUCAUUGUGUCCAUCUGCAUGAUUGGUCUCCUGACAGCUUUUAUUGGAGAUCUGGCCUCCCAUUUUGGCUGCACCAUUGGUCUGAAGGAUUCUGUGACUGCCGUUGUGUUUGUUGCACUGGGAACAUCUGUACCAGACACUUUUGCCAGUAAAGUAGCUGCCACUCAAGACCAGUACGCUGAUGCCUCCAUCGGCAACGUCACCGGCAGCAAUGCUGUGAAUGUGUUCCUGGGGAUUGGCGUCGCCUGGUCCAUCGCUGCUAUCUACCAUAACUCCCAAGGAAGGGACUUCAGAGUGGACCCUGGCACCCUGGCUUUCUCUGUCACCCUCUUCACCAUUUUUGCUUUCAUUUGCGUCGGGGUGCUGAUGUACCGACGGAGACCUGAGAUCGGGGGGGAGCUCGGUGGCCCUCGGACUCCUAAGAUCCUCACCUCAUUACUUUUUGUCAGCCUUUGGCUCUUGUACAUUCUCUUCUCAUCUCUAGAGGCUUACUGCCAUGUAAAGGGCUUCUAAAGAACAGUGGAAGUUUCAACAAGAAGCAGAAACAACAACAGCAAAACAGUAAUUGGAAUGCAACUUUUAAAGGGGGAAUUCUCUUUAUUAGUUUUGGAAAGAUCUCAAAAGGAUGUCACCCAUGUGUAGAGGUUCAAAUAAACUCAUCUUCAUCAAAUCCCUAUUGAGAGACCAUGUUUUAUAGAAGAUGCACGUUGAGAAGAAGCCAAGGAUGACUAGAAGACCACCUGAAAUGUAAUUACUAUGGUUUCACAAAUAAGGACAGGUAACAAAAAAAAAAAAAGGGUUGCUCAUUUAGCAUGUCUGUUGACCUCUUAUGGUAACAAAUUUACAGAAUGAAAUAAAAUGAUUAUUGGAUUCCCUGCCCACAGGGUAUUGCAUAUAAAAGCAUGGAUGCCCAAACCACCACUAUUGCAUAGAGAUGCAGAAUUACACACUAUCAUCUUUAGGCUUUCUUGCUUUCAGUAUGUCACAGUGAUAAAUGUGGUGCUUACUGUGUUAAGUGGGUGGAAAACCGACUAAGAACCAUAGAUGCUGCUGACAACCCUACAGUUUUGAAUACAUUGCUUCAUCAUUGGUUUAGGUGGUUUAGUUACAGUUAAUCAAAACAGCUUUGUAGAUCAGUUGUUUAAAAACAAAAAAAGAAGAAAAUGCUGUUAUUUACUUGUAGCAUUUCUUUCUUUCUUAUCCUCCACCAUGAACUACAGCAGCCAGUUUAUUCAAUCUUACAACCUUUUAUACAUUAAUUAUUUAUUUUAGUAUUUCUAUAUGGCAAUUGAUGAAUUAUUUGUAAGUGGACAAACAUUGAGUAGUAACAAAAGAAAAUACAUUUAAAAAGGACCACUUUCACAGUAAGCUGCUUUCCACAAUACACUGAGGUACAUGAUGAAAAAUGUGCAAUACAAAUGUGUUACUCCAAUGUUGUCCAUGACACCCUCACCUCCUGCUGCUACUAAUAUAGCCAGGCUGCAGCAGGAUUCUCCAGCCUGCCCAUGAAACCAUAUAACCUGCCACUGAUACAACACUUUUAAUACACUGGUAAAUAGAUACCACCCAAUCUUUACAUUUAUUUAGCUUCUUUUUUUUUGUUUAAUUUGCUGGUAUGAUGACAUUUAUUUUACAUACACAGGAUGGGGCAAAACAGAGUGCCAUAGGUGCAAAACACUAGUUCAUUCACUGAGGGAGAUGCUCAAACCAGCGGUUGAGAACACAUUGCACUGACUUUGGUGUCUGGAAUGAGUUCAACCAUUGUGCUUGAUUUCAAUAUGGCAAGAGUGUAUGACAGUCAAUCUACACAGAGAAAGUGAUAAAGUUUACAUAAAAUAUUGUGACCUUGUGGACAUUUGAUAGGACCUCUGUGUACUAUUGUGCCCAACAUUUGCCCCAUCCUCUGUGUGUG